GUUGGGACUGGCUCUGUUGCCCAGCUGUGGGUGCAGAGUCCCUGUCCCAUCAUGUCCCUGAUGUCUGUCCUGCUGUUGCCCAGACUGUGCCCUGUCCAAGCCUGAACUGUUACUGCAGCUGGAAAGAGAAGAGCUGAGCACGGCUCCGGAAUCUGAGCCAGAGGCAGCAGAGGUGGCCCCAGAGCUGGCAGUAGAGCCAGCCCGACAGAACUGCACCAGCAAUGAUGCACUGCUGGAGACGGAGACAACGGAGAGGGGCUGCAGGGAGCCAGAGGAAAGCAGGAAUGUGGCAGAGAAAAGUGGGAACUUGGUAGAGGAAAGCGAGAACCUGGUGGAGGAAAGCUGGAGCCUAGUGGAGAUAAGUGGGAACCUGAUAAAGGAAAUCUGGGAUGUGGCAGAGGAGAACAGGAGCCCAGCAAAGGAAAACAGGAGCCCAGCAGAGGAAAGUGGGAACCUGAUGGAGGAAAGCAGGAGCCCAGCGGUCCCAGAGAGCUGCAGCACACCACCUGUCCCUCUGGAAGCCGCUGCUGUCCUGGCGGAUUUCAGCCAGCCGACCCCGUCUUCUCUCCACCCGCUCUCCGUGCACUGUCAGGAAGCCGUGGGUCAGAAUUCUUCUCCCCCUGCGGCAGGAGAUGCUGAAGCAGGGAUCCCAAUGGAGGUGCCGCAGGAGGAGGUUGCCGCAGAGAAGCCGUCAAUGCCCAAAACACCGUCUGAGGGUCUGGAAGAGGACAAGGGUCAGGAAGAGGAGGAUGUGAAGGAUUCAGGGAAUACUGGCCAAGAUCUGGUGGCCAACAUUCCUGAAGAACCAGGAAAGGAAGUGACACCAGAUGUCCACAAAACCACAGAACAGGCAGAUCCCAGCCCAGGGGAGCCGGAGAAGGACUCCUGCGAGGGCCGGCCCAUGGCCUGGCAGCGAAAUUCCGCCCGGGAAUUUUACUCCUGCCCCAUCUGCAGGAAAACCUUCCUGCUGAAGAUCAACCUCCUGAUCCACCAGCGUGGCCACACUAACUGGGUGCCCUAUGUUUGCGUCCACUGCGACCGCAAGUUCAUGUCCAAGAAGAAAAUCAGGCGGCACCUCCGCGCCUGGGCAGCCAACGGGACGUGCCAGCCCUCGGAGCUGGAGGUGUGUCCCAGCCAGGUGCCAUGCCCAGUAUCCCAUCCCCAAACCUGGGCAGCUAAUGGGACAUACCAGGCCUCAGAGCCAGAGGAGUGUCCCAGUAGGACACCGUGCCAAACAUCCCAGCCCCAAUCCUGGGCACCCAAUGGCACCUGCCAGCCCUUGGAUGCAAAGGCAUGUCCCAGCCAGGGGCCAUUCCCGGCAUCCCAGUGCCCAACAUCCCAGCCCCAAACCUGGGCAGCCAACGGGUCCUGUCAGGCUUCGAAGCCAGAGGAGUGUCCCAGCCAGACCCUGUGCCCGUCCUCCCAGCCACAAGCCCCGAGCAGGGACUGUGGCACAGUGUGGCAGGAGCCCGGCCCGGCCAGGUGCUCGAUGUCACCUGGAAAAAUGAUGUACACCUGCACUGAGUGCCGGGAAACCUUCUCCAACCAGGGCUUCCUGACGGUGCACCAGCGCCGGCACUCCGGCCACCACCUCAUCCUGUGUCCCUGCUGCAACCGCAGCUUCACCUGGGUCUCGGACUUUGUCCGGCAGCACUGGAUGCACAUGGGCGUGCGGCCCCACCAGUGCGGCAUCUGCCAGAAGACCUUCAAGAGGUUCUCCCACCUCAAGGCGCACCAGCGGAUCCACAGGCGGCAGGAGCGGCCGUUCACCUGCGCCAACCCGGUGGCCAUGGUGGCGGCACCCGCAGCAGGAGACGGGGUGGGAAGCCAGGCUGUGACCCCCCAGGGAUGGGGCGCUGCUGAGGGACCUUGAGGUGUCCUCCCGGGAAUGGGAGUCUGCUGUUGGAUCUCAGGGUGUACAUCCAGGGGUGGGAAGCUGCUGCUGAAAUUUGAGGUGACCUCCCAGAGACUUAAGGUGACCUCCCACAAUGCUGCUGGUGGACUUUGAGGUGACGUCCUGGACACAGGGUGCUGCUGAUGGACUUUAAGUUGACCUCCCUAGGAUAGGAGGCUGCUGUCUGAUCUUGAGGUGAAGAAUGGGAUGCUGCUGCUGAUGGGCUUUAAGGU